UGUCGCGUGUCCACUCCCUUUCCGCCUAAAGCUGCCCGCAAGAGCGCGCCGGCCACGGGCGGCGUCAAGAAGCCGCACCGCUACCGGCCCGGCACCGUGGCGCUGCGCGAGAUCCGGCGCUACCAGAAAUCCACCGAGCUGCUGAUCCGCAAGCUGCCGUUCCAGCGCCUGGUGCGCGAGAUCGCGCAGGACUUUAAGACCGACCUGCGCUUCCAGAGCUCGGCCGUCAUGGCGCUGCAGGAGGCGAGCGAGGCCUACCUGGUGGGGCUGUUCGAGGACACCAACCUGUGCGCCAUCCACGCCAAGCGCGUCACCAUCAUGCCCAAGGACAUCCAGCUGGCCCGCCGCAUCCGCGGGGAGCGGGCCUAAGUUACGCUUCUAGGAAAUCAACGUAAAAAGGCUCUUUUCAGAGCCACCACGUGUGCCCCGAAGGAGCUGUUCGCCUCUGUCCUCGGGGUGUUUGCGGAGCUGCUGAGAUCGCUGUUUGGUACUCUCUUGGUGUUGCACCUGUAGCCCUUAAGUGUUUCUAGGAAAGCUUGUAAACCUUGGUUUUGUUUUUCUAACCUCAUCCACCCAUCGUCUGGUCUCUUAGUGUAAAAGUAUCCUGCUCUGCGCAUCCUUAAACUCUGUGCAGUCUAAAACCGUUGUAUUUGCUAUAUCGAGAUAGGGCAGGAACUACUGUGUCCCUGAUGCAGACCCUUGGGACAUACUGCAUUUCAGGCCUCUUCAAGGAUCGGUCAUGUAAGCCUGACCGGAAGUUUCCUACAGUGAGCGUCACGCCUAGUACUGAGUACCCAGCACCUAGGAGUUGCUGAGUAUAUGGGGGGUUUCGGUCAUGAUCAGAUACUUUGAACCUCGCUUACCUAGCUCGAGCAGAGUCGGCCCUUUUUUGUUCUAUUUUCCGCAACGGGUUUUGCUUCCUUUUUUACUGAACUGGUCCCAUAGACCAGGCUGUCCUUGAACUCAGAGAUCCGCUUGCCUCUGUCUCCCGAGUGCUGGGAUUAGAGGUGUGUGCUUUAAAUGUUUUUGUUUUGUUCUGUUGCUUGUUUUUUUCUUAGAGCGGGCCUUUCUAAACUAGCUGAACAUGCAGGAGACCUGGCUUUCAGUCACCUCAAAGUUGCCGCACUAAAUUUCUAGACUGCUGAAGACAAGAGGCUCCUUCCCUUACCUCUGCUAGGUAAUGUCUGUUUGCUCAUGGUCGUUGGACCACUAUUAGAAAUACCCAGAGACAUUCACCUUCCCUCUGUUCUUCCUCUAACACUUUAGGAAUUAUCCUUGUUAGCCUCUUGGAAUUCAACAAUUAUUACUAUGAUCUGACCUUAGGCUUCUGUAGCAAUUGGUUAGUUUCUCCCCUUAUUUCCAUUUAAUUUACUUUUAAAUUGCCAACCCUUCUGUAUAAUAUAUAUGCAUAUGUAUAUAUGCACAGGUGGAUGCAUAUGUAUAAGUAUAUGCAUUAUUUAUCACAGACCUUUCUGUACAGAAAUAGGCUAUGGAUGUCAAGGAGGAUCUGCUAUUCCUUGGCCUGAGGAGGGCCUUCUGCAGGGGUGGCUGUGGGACCUGAGACUGAAAGACCACAGUAAAUAACUCAGGUCACUGUCAGGUACUUUCCCUCUUGUCAACUGCCUGAAACUUGCUGGAAGUCUUUCAGGAAGCAAAACUAAGCUUUGUCUAAAUAUUUGAGGCAUUAUCAGCCCAAGGCUCUUUGAAUUCAUGACACUGGUAGUCAGUGACCCAGGGACACAUGCUCUUUCACCUCUCUGCCACUUGGGAGCCCCCAGAGCUGUGAGGAGGAUCUAAAAUUUGCUCUGCACCAAGAAAAUGUGGGCAACAAAGACAGCCUGUUAACUGGGGUAGGGAUCAGAGUCUCAGAAAACCUGCUUUACAUCCGUUUCCUAAUCCUCUUGAUAUUGACACUUGAGUCACUGAGGAGUGGAGAAACUGAAACAGAAAUACUUUUUUAAAUAUUUCCCUUUUGAAAGGAGUGAACAAAGCGGGAAACCGAGGACUGGGACUGUGGUUACUCCUGAUGGUGUUUCUCCUAGUUUUCAGCCCUAGCCCCCGCUGGGAUUUUUCCAGUAGAUUUUUUUUGUGAACUGAAUUAUGCUCCUGGUCCCCCCAUUUUUUUGUUGAAGCCCUAUACUGAGUACCUCAAUGUGGAACUAGAACCUUUAAAUCAGCUGUGCCUAUUACAAAAUGGUGUUUGUAAAUGAGUAUUAGAACACACAGGGGGAACAGGAAUGCAGAAAGAAGGUGGCCAAUGCCAGCCAGGGAGAAAGGCUCAAUACUACUUGGCUUUGUAUGUCCAGUCUCCAGAAUUGUGAGAAACUUUCUUCUGGUUAAACUACCCAAUAUAUGACAUUCUGUUGGAGUGCCCUGCUAUGGUUUGAGUUUUCUGGGUUCAAAAUUAAGCCGUUCAAAAGUCUCCAGUGUGGCUAUGUUGAGAGGUGAGGGAAUCAUUAGUAGAAUAUGAGGACAUCAUUAUUAAUUAUUAAUAAUUAAUUGAUGUAUACCCUCAGGAAAUCGUUCUAGCAAAAGCUAGUUAUCAUAAAAGUGAGACCAUCAUAUCUGCUUGCCCUUUCUGCAUGUGGAGAGGUCCCUUUCUGUUUCUCCACAGUAUUGUAAAGCAGCCAAGAACCGUGCUGUUUGGGGCAUCCAGUCACUAGAAUUGCAAGCCAAAUAUACAUCUUUCUAAAGAACUUA